CUCGAGACCAUCCUAGCUAAUAUUCGUAAUUUUUUGCAUCUAUCUCUUUCGGAUUCACCGGAGAACCCAAGAUCAUAUUCUAACUAAUGGUCAUUAUCACCACGAUUGUAUUAUUUCCAAGAUGACCUCCCAUCGAAAGAUCGCCACAGGCAAUCGAGUAGAAGUUAUUUUUAAAAUAAGAGAUCAUAUUCUUUGAUGCUGACGGCAAAAUCUUGUCAAGAUGGGGAGUCGCCUAGAAAAUAACUCGAAUUCUGUGCGAAAGCGCAUAGAGAAUCACACUUUCUCAGAUGAAGGGGGCGACGAGUACGAACCCAGCGCCUUCGGAGGGUUUGGGGAUUACUUUCGUCGCAAGAAGAUCAAGUUGCAAAAUCUUGAUUCCGAACUACGAACCUCAUCGACCGAUAAACCUCAGAUCUUCAAAGGAGUAGUCGCACAUGUAAUGGGUUAUACACAACCAUCGCUCCAGGUUCUCCACCAUGAUUUAGUACAACAUGGAGCCGGGUUUCUACAGUAUUUGGAUUCCAAGACUAUGGCGACUCAUAUCAUAGCGUCGAAACUACCACCGAAAAAGAUGGUUGAUUUUGGCAAGUACAGGAUAGUAAAACCUGCUUGGGUAAUUGAUUCUAUCAAAGCCGGAAAACUUCUACCAUGGUCCGAUUACCGAGUGAUAGAGGAGACCCCCAGACAGAAGACAUUGAAAGUAAAUGGCAGUGGUAUAUCUACUCAGUCAAGCCCAUCUCCGCUGGCAGGAUAUCGAGAACAAACCGAAUCAAGUUUCUACACAAGUCAGCUGAAGGAUAUUGCGCAGUCUAUCAAUGGGAAGCAUCUUGGGGAUAUUACACCUAGUCGACCAGGGCCGGUUGACAAAAUAGCUCAGAGGGUUAUGUCUAGCGAGCCUAUGACACCGGAGGGAUUACUUCAGGAGUCGCGAGGCUCGCCAGGAAUAUCCGAUCAGUCGGAUGAGGACACGGUGAUGAUGGUUGAUUUUCCAGAUUCUACACCUGAUACUUCCAAUAAAAGGCCAGGUCACCAGAGCAAAGAUGAUAUGGAAAAUGAGGUUCAAACUGGACGAUCAAUCGAAAAACAAAAGGCAAUGACUUCCGAGGAACAUAACGCCAUGUUACUACAAGAUCCUCGAAUGAGGAAGUCAUCGACUGCAAAUCCAGAUUUUAUACAGCAGUAUUACUCGGAAAGUAGACUUCACCAUUUGUCAACAUGGAAAGCUGAGUUAAAAUCAAGAAUGCAAAAGCUUGCUGCUGAGAAGGGCGCUCAGGGAAAGCCAAUAAAAAGAAAAGCAGGCGCAAGGCGAUACGUGAUGCAUGUAGAUUUUGACAGCUUUUUCUGUGCGGUCUCGCUGAAAAGCGCACCGGAUUUUAUUGACAAGCCCGCUGUUGUCGCACACGGAACGGGAGCGGGUUCGGAGAUUGCCAGCUGCAAUUACCCGGCGAGAAAGUACGGUGUCAAAAAUGGCAUGUGGAUGAAGCGAGCUAAAGAGCUAUGUCCUGAGCUCAAGGUGCUCCCGUACGAUUUUCCAGCGUACGAAGAAGCCAGCAAAUCAUUCUAUGAAUGCAUCUUAGAAGUCGGUGGUAUCGUGCAGAGCGUCAGUAUUGAUGAAGCUCUUGUGGAUAUCACCUCAAUUAUACUAUCUGCGGUCGGUUCCGACGGCGUUGGAGUCGAUGAAGGUAGUAUAUGGAGAGAACAGGAGAAAGCAAACCAGAUGGCCUUAGCUUUACGAGAUCAAGUCAAAGAAAAAACAGGAUGUGCAGUUUCCGUUGGAAUAGGCGGUAAUAUCCUUUUGGCAAAGGUCGCACUUCGAAAAGCAAAACCAGCAGGUCAAUACCAAAUCAAACCAGAAGAAGUACUGGACUUUCUUGGGGAGUUAAAGGUCGAUAGUUUGCCCGGAAUUGCUUAUAGCAUAGCCGGCAAGCUAGAGGAGAUUGGGGUGAAGCUCGUAACCGAUGUUCGACAGACUUCUAAAGAGCGCCUUAUCAACACUCUAGGACCGAAAACUGGCGAGAAGCUCUGGGAAUACGCUCGUGGAAUAGACCGAACGGAAGUUGGCGAACAACCAAUACGAAAGUCGGUUUCUGCUGAAGUCAAUUGGGGUAUACGGUUUAUUAACCAAGAGGAAGCCGAGGAAUUUGUGCUCAACUUAUGCAAAGAGUUGGAAAAACGACUGCUCAAUGAGCAGGUCAAAGGCAAGCAGCUCACGAUGAAAAUCAUGCGACGCUCAUUUGAUGCACCUCUUGAUCCGCCGAAACAUUUAGGUCAUGGCAAAUGUGACACUUUCAACAAGAGUGUUAUGUUUGGUGUUGCGACUCACGACUACAAGGUGCUAGGAAAGGAGGCUGUUUCAAUCCUCCGUUCUUACAAGUUUACCCCCGGCGACCUGCGCGGUCUAGGCGUACAAUUGACCAAAUUAGAGCCAAUCAAGUCUUCAUUAUCUGGUCUCGAUGGAAGCCAGAAGAAAUUGAAUUUUGGAGCCUUUCGUACUCCUGGUUCAGCAAAGAAACCGGCCUUAGAGCCAAUCCAAGAUGGCAUCGGCGAAGAAGAGGCGAGUUCGAAACAGAAUCGACGUGAUUCGCAAGAUCCUAUCACCGAUGGACCCUUAACGCCGCGUAAACCAAAGCCAGACGCUCGCCAUCCAGCAUUCACGAUAUCUCGAGCAAGCGAGAAUGACGUCAGGGCAAAUACCCCCUUAAAUAUCGCGGGGACUCAAUUUAUUAUGCCAUCCAACCCAGAUCCCGCCGUACUUGCAGAACUCCCACCAGAUAUCAGAAGCCGGCUUAUGGGACAAGGUAGCAGAGCCCGCGACGAAGCACAAACACCAACAGCCAAAUCCCGGGACCAAAGCCCAAUCCCUGCAAGCGAGAUCCCACCAGAGAUUGACCCCGAAGUGUUCAACGCCCUACCAGAUGACAUGAAAGCAGAAGUCCUAGAACAAUACAGACCCCGAAGCAGGCAGCAAAACCCGCCCCUCGCCCCUCAAUCCCCGCGCAGAGACCGGGCCAUCCAACUGCCCAAGCAAAGGACCCCAACCAAACGCCGCGUAGCCGGCUUAUUCGCCCGCGUUCGCGAGCGCCAAGCCGAUGCCAGUGCGAGGAUCGUCCAAACCACCAUCAAGCACCAGCCCGAACCCCCGGAGAUCGGUGACCUAGACCCGACCUUCCUAGCCGAACUACCGGAAGAAGUCCGUCGGGAAGUAAUCGCAGACCACCGUCGCUUGCGCGCACAACGAUCAGGCCUAGACCUACCAUCCAAACAUUCCCACAACAACAACAAAAAGCCAGACGCAGACGCAGACGACAACGCCGCCUUACCCGGCGGACAGACACGCCUCCAUUUCGGACCCAAGCCUGUGAAGAUAGCGUUUACGACGAACGGACUAACGACCUUGCCUGAAAUAAGGGAUAUGUUAAACGUAUGGCACCGCGAGACCCGAGACGUAGGCCCGCAUAAACGAGACGUGGAUAUGUUAGAAAAGUACCUAGUCCGUGUCGUGGUGGAAGAGAAGGAUAUGGAUAAAGCAUCGAAACUAGUCAAGUGGCUCGAUUAUCUAGUAGAAGACAGCAGCGACGAGCUGGAGUACAGUGGGAAAGAAGCCUGGCGAGAGGUCGUGGGACAUAUUAGGCAGGAAGUGCAGAAUGCGGUGAAGUCGAGGGGGUUGGGUCCACUAGAUAUAUGAAGGUAUUUAUUUUAUUGCAAAUAACUAAGUGGUUUAUUCAACAACUUGAGGCUAAGCAUAGUAUUAUC